CCUGCUUUUUAAUAUUAGUAUUGGUGUUCUGGCUAGUGUUCGGGAUGCUGUAUCCUGCUUAUUAUUCAUACAAAGCUGUAAAGACAAAAAACGUGAAAGAAUAUGUGCGGUGGAUGAUGUACUGGAUUGUGUUUGCUUUGUACACUGUUACAGAAACAAUAGCGGAUAUCAUGAUCUCUUGGUUUCCACUGUAUUAUGAGCUGAAGAUUGCUUUUGUGAUUUGGUUGCUUUCUCCAUACACCAGAGGGGCAAGCUUAAUAUAUCGAAAGUUUCUUCAUCCUCUUCUUUCUUCAAAGGAAAGGGAAAUAGAUGACUAUAUUGUGCAAGCCAAAGAACGUGGCUAUGAAACUAUGGUUAAUUUUGGUAAACAAAGUUUGAAUUUAGCUGCUGCGGCUGCUGUGACUGCUGCUGUAAAGGGUCAAGGGGCAAUAACGGAGAAGUUGCGGAGUUUCAGUAUGCAUGACCUAACAGCUAUACAAGGUGAUGAACCAGUGGGACAAAGGCAUUACCAAACAUUACCUGAUACCAAAAAAAGAGGCAAAAGUGGCACUACCAGUGAAUCCUUAGGUUACAGUAUUCCAGUGAAAAAAGAUUCUGAAGAUGAUAAAACAGAUGAAGACAGGGAGGGGACUUAUUCUGAAGAUGAGAUGUUUGCUCAGAGAGGUCUUCGGAGAACCCAAAGUAUGAAAUCUGUAAAAACGAUAAAAGGUCGCAAAGAGGUGCGGUAUGGAUCAUUAAAAUACAAAGUGAAGAGAAGACCACAAGUGUACUUCUAAGAGACCUUCACAGCUCAGCUUAAAUCAAACUACUGUAUUAGAUGCUUCCUUGUAGGCCAGUUGCAGUGGGCCUGUAUGCUGUGCAUUCCCAUUCUCUGAAGGGAGAUUCUUGGCAUCUAGGAGGAUUUCUGUUAUCAUAGUGAAGCUUUUUCCUCACAACAGAAGAGACGGGGGAAAACCUGACAUGUACAGUGCUUUGCAUGCAGAUUUGAAUAGCUAGCCACUAUGUUGUGUAUUUAUACAUACUAAAAAUUCAACCAUGGUGGCAAGAAUUUAUUGCUUUAAAAGGUGAAGUACAUGAUGUGUUUAGUCUGAGUUUUUAAAAAUAAUUGCUAACAUGGGUAGGUAGCACUUUAGUCUUAUUUACUUCAUAAAUGAAAUAAUUUAAAUGAGUAAGAUUUUUAAUUGUGACUCUCAUGGCUGAGCAUUUUUAAUGGUUUUGUGGAUGUCUAACAUCAAUGAAAAUUGCACACUUGCAGAAUUUUUUUACUGUAUUUGGAAAGCUUGUACUUGAAUAAGUUACAAUUCCAGAGUCUUAAAAUACUCUUAAAGUCAAGUGUUAAGAGAAAUGAAUAUGGAGGAAAUAAAUAGAAUUUGGAAGUUAUCAUAACAGCUAGGAUCCAAAGAGCUUCUUAGGUUCAUGAAAUGGGUUUCUACUACCCAUUGGAAUGGAUGCCUGAUGGCUGCCCCACCUGAAAAGCUGCUUUUUGGCACUGAUUACCUAAAUGAUAUGACGUGGCUGCUGUUCAGUCUAAAGAUCUCUUGAACGCACAGAACUAUUAAUGGUUGUUUGGAGGUCUGUGAUGCUUUGUUGUAAUGAUUUAAAUAUAGCAUGUGCACAUAGUCUGACUGAUCACUUGAUCCAUUUCUUUGUCUCUUUCUGCACACUCAAACAUACUGAUUUGUGGUGCUGCGUUUUCAGUGCAUUGUUCUCCAGGAAACAUAGGAAACUUUUAUACCACAUCAGAUCUUUGGUCUAUCCAAUGUGCUGUCAACAGUGGCUGGCAGCAGCUCUCCAGGUGUUCGGAUAGGAAUUUUUACCAGCAACUACUGGAGAUGGCAGGGAUUAAACAUGGGCCUCCUACACGUGAAGCAUGUGCAUUGCCAGUUAAUAUUAUCCUUGAAGCAGCUUCCUCCUGUGACUAUACUGGUGCAUGUGGGAAGAUGCAGCUAAACAAAUUGGUUCAGGUGCCUUUUCUGCAAGUUAAAAGUCUAGCAUACAGAGAAAGGAAUUUGAGGACAAGUUGAAUACCAAAAAUAUUCAAAGCUUUCUAUCAGAUACUGGUAGUCAAACAUUUUACCAUGAACUAAUGUCUCCAGAUUUUAAAAAAAUGUAAAAAAAAAAAAGCAACUCUUCAUGCUACUUUCAUCUGUGAGUUUCUAUGAGUUUCUGAUGUUGGUUUUUAAAAUCACCUUAUGUAUGCUUUAUAUUUUUCACUGUA